CCAUAAGAGCUUGCUGCCCGGUCCUUGCUCCCCUUCUCUACCUUCUUCCACCUCCCUUCAUUAACGACCCCAACCACCUUUCUUCCAUCUCUCACACCUCAACCAGAACACACCCACCUGGUUUCUUCUUCUUCCUCCAUUGAACGCUCCCUUAGCCAGCAGAUCCAGGCAAUCAAUAGGGCCGUACAGGUGUUGGGAGCUAUCCACGUUGUGACACAGCUCAUCCAAAAUGGCGAUUAGCGACGACAUUCCAGGAGUCGACGUCGCCAUUGUCGUUAAUGGGAAGCCACUACAAGAGCACAAAGACUCCAUACUGGUGGAAGAGGAGCGUACCGUCACUCGAUAUAUUGAAGCUGUCUCUGGUCAAAGCUUCGAGGUUCGGAUGACUACAAACAGGCAAACUCGAUUCAAGGGCGAUAGUUUGGCCUUUACAAUCUUCAUGGACGGCAAAGAAGCCGAGUCAGCCCUUAUGUCUAAGGAAGCAUGUCGCAGCAGACGUGCCGUCCGUACGAUGAAAGGCGCAGAAAUCGCUACCGGUUUUGUCAAAAAGUUCUUUUUCUCUGCUCUUGAGACCGCGGCUGAUGGCAGGAAAUUCAACGACGAGGGGGCAAAGUUAAGUGACCUGGGCCAAAUUGUGAUCGAAGUCAGCCAUGUCAAUUGUGUUGGUUCACCCAGCUCUGGCGAUGGCUUCGACGGCGAGACGCAAGACAUCGGCAUACUCUCCGAAAAGGCGAUCAAAGGUCAAACGCUUUCGCACAGCGUUGGCUUGCGCGACGCAGUUCGUGAUCGCAGUGUGACGUUUACAUACCGAGAGACCGAAGAUGUGCAAGGGAUACCGGCCCCAGUUGCACGAUUCGUGUUUCACUAUCGUUCCAAAGCGGCCCUCAAGUCCAUGAUGAUCAUUCCACGCACUCCAUCCCCACAGCCAGUGGAGAAACGUGACGCCUCCACGUACACUCCAGCCGACAUCGAACAGCUCCGGAAGGAGCUAAGGGAGAUGAAGGAAGCAAGAGACGCGGCAGUCAAGGUCAAACAAGAGCAUGCUGACGACAACCCACGCCCUCGCAAGAUCGCUCGUCCCCGUGCCGGCGACACGCAGCUCGAGCUUGACGAUGAUGGGGGUCUUCGUGAAAGUUCUACCGCUACGCUGCAAGCACCGGAGAUCAUCGUGCUCGACUGAGCGACUUCAAGCAAGAGAGGCGACCGGAUUUUCACACUGGAAUGGCAUUCCACGAGAUUCCUUCACGGCGAAUGAGGGUGUGCAAGAAGACCUUGAGUGAUGGGCAUGAGAGGUUGAUCGGUCGC